CAGAGGGAAGCCAUGCCCUAUCACAGAGCCCUUUGCCUGGUCCUUCUAACGCUGUGCGGCAUCCUGGUCCCUGCUGCCCUGGCAGCAGAGUACCCUCAGGACCCUGUCCCCACCUUUUGGAACGAGCCACCCGAGCUGCCCUCUGGAGCUGGCCCCUUCGAUGCUGCCACCACCACCACAGCCCGAGUCUCGGAUGCCACUGCUUUCCCCCUGUACACCUCCAAGCUGGAGCCCGAGGACACCACGCACCUGCACCGGAUGGAUGCUGGGGACGGCUCGCUGGGGCCCGGAGCCAUUGGUGCCAUUGUCAUCGCCUCCCUGCUGGGUACAUCUGUGCUUGUGGCCUUGGUUGUCAUCACACUGAGAAAGUUCUCGGCUUCUUAA